AUGAAAAACCAAGUGGGGAACUUCAACCAAAAUGAUAAAGGAGAGACGGAGGCUGCGAUGGAAAUGGCAACUGUAUGGGAGAGGACGAAGGAAGGGAUCGACCGAGCAUCCCCCAGGCGAGAACUGCAACAGGUUAGAAGGGUAUCUCAAGGGGACCACUCGAAUGACGAACCUACAUACAAAGUGAUUACUCAACUGCCUCAUCCACACGGGGGGCUAAUGAAAAGAUUUUUUACCCCCCCGGAUAAGGAAAGGGCAGACAUCACCCCUAGGGUGACUGAUUCACCAUGUGAUGUCACCAACAUAGGAAAAAAUAUCUCACGGGAGGGAGAAGGACAGGAUGAUGGUCCUGCUUCUUACCUGCGCCGAAGCUACGGAAGUGAGGACGCGCCGUGGAAGUCAACCCGAGGGAGUUCAGAUGAUCUAUGGGGGGUGCACCAUGAUGAAGGGGGUGCAGCAUCGAGCGACGAAGACCGCGAAGAGGGAGAAAUGGACCGGCGUGUUGGGGUAGGUCCAAGUUAUGACUCCUUCCUGCGUGGUGGGGUAGGCCAAAGUUAUGACUCCUUCCUGCGUGGUGGGGACUGCCCAAGUAAUGAUGCAUCCCAGCGUGGUGACGACAGAGCAGGUGAGGAGGAGCCCCUGGGAGAAGAAAGCCUCGACGAAAGAGAAAAAAGAAUCGUCUACAGUAAGGCCGACGAAAUAAUUAACAGGGACGCCGGGGGGGGAGAGGACUGGCUGUUGAGCGAGGCGGAGGGGGACGAACAGCCAAGUGGGGGGGUGAAGCAGCAGAGUGGGGAGGUUAAGCAGCAGAGUGGGGAGGUUAAGCAGCAGAGUGGGGAGGCGAAGCAGCAGAGUGGGGAGGUUAAGCAGCAGAGUGGGGAGGUUAAGCAACACAGUGCGGUGAGGAGGCGCAACCUACUGGAUCGGCGCGCACUCAACCUAAGCGCAGGGGAGCUGCACGCGUUUCUGAAGCGGGACAAGUACCGCCUGACGAAGAUAAAGACGCGCAUGAGGAACGUGGUCUACAGGUACCUCUACGAGCGUGCGAGGGGGGGAAGCCAGCGAGGUGAAAAGCAGAACAGGAGUCGUGAAGCAUCCAGCAUGCCUCACACACAUGCGAUGGAGGCAGGGGAAGAGGCAGAAGCAAAUACAGAGGCAAAGACAAGGGCAGAGGCAAAGGCAGGGGCAAAGACGGGCGUGGCCUCCGCACAGGACGUCGCAAACCUUCUCUACACGGAGUGCACCAUACGAAGGACAAACAUCGCCAAGCUGAGGAACGCAAGUAAGCUUGUCUGUCACAGGAGGAGCGACAAGUGCAUGCAGAUUUUGAGCUACAAUAGUGUAAAGGAGGACGAGGUGCACGUGUUCAGUCACCGGGUGCUGAGCCUAAAUGAGUUUAUUUUCUUUAAGGACAAGGAGAGCAAAACGACGAACGAAGAGAAACUAAAUCAAUUUCUAGACGAUCUAACAUGCAGUGGGUUCGAAAGAAACUGCAAAAGGAUUGAGCUCGAUUGGAAAGCAUACCCUUUUUAUGUCAUUAGGGACUCCUCGUGGAAAAAAAUUAACAGUAUCCAUAGACAGGCUCAUUUGUAUAUCAAUUAUUUUUUACAAAAGAAACGAUUCAGACCAAAUUUGCUGGAAGUUAUUUCCAUAGGAGUGAGCCCCUUCAGAAGGAGAAAGAAAUACGAGAAGCAUACCUCAGUAGCGAGAACAGGAUGAAUGGGGAUAUCCUUGGUGCGGAGGUUACUCAGAAGGCUGCCCAAGUGGAUGAUCCACCUGUUACCGAGGCAACCAGGGGAGAACCUGUUCUGUCUAGCCUACGGAAGGAAGAUAACCGUCUUAGAGCACUCCUCUCACAUUACUGUUCGGAAGCAAUUUAUGAUUAACCACUCCGUGCAGCUUUUGAGAAGCGUUCGAGAUAAUAUUUUGGUGACUUAUGGAGAGAAGGAGUUACACGUAUUCCAGCUGGUGUAUGUGAAGAAGGAGUUUAGUUUGGUUUUUUUUUUUAAGAAAGGAGUGAGGGAUGCCAAGUGCUGGAAAAUACAUGACGGGGGCAAUACGUUCGAGGUUUAUGAGGAUGCCAUAAAGGUGAACGUCAAGCUGAUAAAGAUCAACAGGGAUGACGAAGUGGCGAGGCGCAUUUUUUAUGCCACCAACGGGGGUGCCACGAAGGGAGGUGCCACAAAGGGAGGUGCCCCCAAAGGAGAUGCCACGAACGGGGGUGCCACGAACGGGGGUGCCACGAACGGGGAUACCUCUCACGGUGGCAUGGCUCUUGGUGAUGCUUCCAUUGCUCCCAUUGGUUCCACCGGCGCGGGCGCUGCCGGGGGAGCCGCCCACUUCUACGUUAACCUCCUCUACAUCUACGUAUUGGACGGAGAGCGCGUGGACCUGGUGGUGGUGAACUCGCUGGUUUAUUUGAUUUACCUGCUUUUCAGCCACCACAGGUACGGCCUGCUCCUGGCUCUGAUGCUGCACUUGUACAGGGGAAACUGCUGCGUGCUGACGGACCUGCCCGUGGACGAGGACGAGAGAAGGGACAAGCUGAAGCCACUCAUCUACUUCCUGUUCGAAAGAAGGAUGAACGAUAUAAUAAAAAACGGAAACAAAUUUGGGAGUAAUCCACGCAACAGCAUCUACCAUGUGCAGGUGAAAGACAGACAGUGUGAUGAGGAUGAAGAAGUGAAAAGAAGAAAUGGUUCAAACGGGUUCAACAACUGGUGCAACCAUACAUCUAACAAGGUCUUAGAGAGCGUGCAGGCAAUGGGGCAAUCAUCCGAGUCGACCUUCUCCGCAUCUGCGGACCAAUCCAUGUCAGAAUCAGUCAGUGUUGCAUUAAACGGUGCAUCGUUCAUCGAUGAGGAAGAAAACGGCACCGAGUGGCCACUCUCCUCCCAUGGGGGAAUCACUUCACAUGGGGAAGGUAACCCUGGAGGGGAGGAACUCCAGCAUGAAAGUAGACAAAUACUUAUCGAUGGGAGAGUCAUCUCAGGUAACUGCAUCAGAGAGCUUCAGAAGUUAUGUCUCCUCGGGAUAGAGAUUAGUAUCAAUUUCCAUAUGGAUCUACAUGAGUGCAUUUUUCAAUUCCUAAGGGGGGUAGCGGCAGAAAAUUUUUAUUUCCAUCUCAUCGAGGAAUACAUCGUGAGCAAGAGGAUUGGAAUAACUCACGACUCGGUUGUGUUUAGUCUGACUGAAUACUUCAAGCGGCUGUACAGGAUAUUCUCCGAGUACGAUGACUCAUGUUAUGACGUGUUUUUGUUCUUUUGCAGCCUCGUUGGGGAGCCUCUAAACGAGGAGCGUCCGAAUGGGGAGCGUCUGAAUGGGAAGCUUCUGAAUGGGGAGCUUCUAAACGAGGAGCUUCUCAGCGAGGUUGUAUUCUCCCCUUUGGGGGAAAGCGGCGAUAGUAGCGAUGAAGGUGUUGACGGGAGUGGCGGUGAAGGUGGCGAUGAACGUGACUGUGAAGGUGGCGAAGAUCCCUACGAUGAACGUGACUGUGAACGUGGCGAAGAUCCCUGCGCAGACUUGGAUAUGCACCUGUACCGCCACCACCUGGGCGCGAAGAACAUCUCGAGGAAAAUACGAAGGAUAUAUGCCUUCGUGUGCAUAGUAGAGCUGUUCUUCCGCCUUUUUGAGAGCAUAAGUCUGGAGGGAGAAAUAGAAGGUAUCAUCUCACAUCUACCGAUUCAUCUCAGUGCCUUUAUUUAUAAUAAACAUAACGAGGACAGAAUCACAACAGCGGAGUUUUUUAUUUCCUAUCUGAUCAGAAAAAAAAGCAACCUCUUCUACAGCUUCUGUAGAUGCAACAGCUUGAGGAGUGAUGAGCUACCGAUUUACCUCCCCAUGUACAUGUUCAGAAAUUUUUAUCACUGCUACUUUCUCUUCGAUUACGUUUUUUCCGUUACGUUUAAGGUCCCCUUCAGUAUCAGCUUGAACCGGUUCGCAGUUCCUUUGGAGGAGGGCAUCACUCUGAGGAGUUGCCACUCAAACGUGCAGGCAAAGUACCAGUUCGACGAUAUUUUGAAUUAUGGAAAUAUUUUUUUUAUAUUUUCUCCUUUUCGCGUGGAGAGGGAGAACCACUGCACGUUGAACCGGACCAUCCUGUCGCUGUGGCGGUACCUGCUCGAUGGGACCCACAGCCGGGUGGGGGUUAGCAGCGUUGUCGGGGGUAGCGGCGUCGGCGUGGGUAGCGGCGUUGGCGGGGGUAGCGGCGUCGGCGUGGGUAGCGGUGCUGAUGGGGGCAACUCGCUGGAGUUCCUCUCCCCACGGAGAAGAAGCGGAGACGAAGGCACCUGUCGACGAAGAAACGACCCCCAGAGAACACAAAUGAACGAUUAUUUUAACCUGGACAAAAACGGCUUCUUCCUACUCCUUCAGCUAUCAUUAAAGGACACCUUUUAUUUAUUAAAUCGGAGCUUCUUCCAAUAUGAUUAUAUCAACAACUACGACGUUAUUAACCUCUUGGUUCGUAAUUUGUGUAAUUUUUACCUGCACAUGGUCAUAAUUUUUCUCCAUUACCGUAUGUACUUGAAAAAGACAUUAAUGCAAAAUUUGUUAGAAGAGGAGACAUGCGUCUGUAUUUAUGGAGAAGUUCUUCUAGCUGUCAACACAUGCAGACAGUAUAACGAAGUUAGUGAGGUGUGUUUGAGAUUGGUUCAUUUAAUUGAAGAAGAGGGACGACAUAUGCAUGUUCAUAAAAAUAUCUCCAAUAUAGUCAGGUGGAUUACAUUGCAACUAUUUUAUAUUAACAAACAUAGGGAGGAAAUGGCUAACUCAAUAACGUAUUCGUUGAUUUUGUUUUUCAUCCUUCAGAGUGGCUGUGACGAUUACUCCUUUGACUAUCUCAUGGGGGUUCAUUUUGUGAAUUUUUUGUUGCGAUUGCCUUGUGGGGGAUGUCAAGAGCGUCGGAUGAGCUCAACCACAGGAAGGCGUCGCUUUGAGAAACUCACCAGGAGGUGUUUCCUCUUUGCGAAUAAAAAUUACCUCAAAAAAAUCAGACCACACGUGAGAGAGGAACGCUUGUUUGAAGCCUUUCGCUUGAAGGAGACCAACUUACGCAUAAGGGAGAGUCAAAUAAAGAAGAACGUUGAAGGGACGUCCUCUCCGCAGGGCAACUUGGUGGACUACCUGUUGGGGGAGGUGUACGGCGUCGAUGUGCCUGGCCUGCUUCGCCAGCAUGGUGGUGACGGGGGUAGCGGCGGAGAUGGGGGGGUAACACGACCUGUGAGACGUGGUGACGGCUGUGCGUUUAAGAGGGUGCGCUCCAGGAGUAGAGGGAGUGUGCUACCCGGGGGAACAUCAACAGGAGGGAGCGUGCCGUCGGGGAGAGUACCUUCCGGAGGGGGGCCGCCUCGGGCGGGGAAGACAAACAAGGAGCAGAAGCAGGGAGAUAUUUUCUGCGUGAAGUUUUGCAGGAGGCACUACGGGUAUAUCCUGCUGCUGUACGUGAAGAAGCUGUUGGUGUUGCACCGGGGGGGGCGGUCCCCUGGGGGGGAGAAGCGCGAGGAGGAGAGUCCUCCAAAGGUGCACUCAAAGACAGCUCAUCACCGACUCCGCAGGAAGAACGUGGAGAAACUGCUGAAAUAUAUCCUCUUUUUCAGCUCGAUGCGAAAGUGCGAACCAGUCUAUGUGAUCAUCCUGAAUCACUUCGGUCGAUAUGACGUUGUCUUGGAUCAUUACAGAACAAGGAAGGAGUGGAGAAGCAUGGAGGAAUAUAUUUUUGGAAAUAUUUUUUUUUUAAAGAGAAAAAAAUGAAGAGAAGGCUACGUGGGUACCUCUUUUAUGCUGACGUAUUGGAACACGUCGAUGUGAUGAGUGAUAUACUCGUGGAUUAUAUUUUGAGAAACUAUUUCUUUUUUCACAAUCGGACGGUGAGACUACUCCGUGGGGGAGUAACCCCGAAGGAGUUAAUCAGAAGUAUCACCAACAGUGCCAUGAGCAAGGGAGAUCAGAAGAACCAAUGUCGAUGGGGGCAGACACACCUGAUGAGUCUGUGUAAGCUGUUCACUACGACACUGAUUCGAUGCCAAAAUUUUUCAGACUUGGUGAAGCAGCGAGUGUAUUAUCUGCUUCUACACGAGGCUCGUGUGCCAAGCAACAUCCAAAGGUACCUCCACAAAAAAAUUUUUUAUUCUUAUCUAACUCUCCUCUGUAAAUACAAAAAGGAUCAAGUGUACAGGUGCGUUAAGUAUGCUAAUGUAGAGAAGUACAAGGAGCUGUUUGAACACCAUGGGAACGUGAAUGUGCUUCUGCAUCUGUACGAGAGACAGGGGAAGCUGCUAAAUAUCAUCGACCUGUGUCUUAAUCUAAUCAAGGAAAAUAUUUUAAAAUUGAAGGAAGCCUUUUGUCGAGAGGGAGAUUGGUUUGUGCCGAAGGACAUGACGUACGGGGAUGUAUACGCAGUUAAAUUUUGCAGUCGAAUCGAUGUCUACGAUUUGUAUGCCAUGCCGUUGAAGAGGAGCGUUCGGAGGCUGCUCCUCCCAAGGGGGGGGGGCACUGCUGACCAGGGGGAGCAGCGGCAGCAACGGCAGCAACCGCAACCGCAACCGCCGCAGCAGGAUGGGUCAGCGGGGAGCGGCACCGAGAGGGACUCCUUUUUGGGCAAGCUGCUCGGCCGAGCGCACAGCGCCGCGGAGAGGAGCGCGUGGGGGAGCUACUUCGUGAAGACGCCGCGCUGGGGGGGCAAGCCGCAGCGCAACCGCCCCACGGGGGAUGCAAACGGGACGGGUACAGCUCAGAAGCCGAAGCGGGCGGGUACCGUUGGAGACGCAAAGAGAGCGCUCCUGGCGAAGGCAUGUCGCAUCUUUCUCACACGAGAAUACAAUGCCGUAUUCCUAUACACAUACAUGCUGACCUUUGUCCUGCGAAGGAACAAACUGCAAAGCGACCGGAUCAACGAAUACGUUCUGUUUUUUAUUGUUAACGAGUGUGUGAGGGGUUUCAUCAGAGUUUGCGAACAGUUGGGGUGGGGUGUACAGGAGAGUCAGCGUGGUGAAGGGUGCCUCCUCUUCGGAGGAGACGAGAGACAUUGCACAGUUUCGCGAAAGUUCCGAUUUUCAGAAAAGAGAGAGGAGGAGGAGGCGGAGGAGGAAGCAUCACCCCUUCCAGAAGCGAUAGCAUUCUUUAGCUACCUCUUCGAUCAGGUAGUCUCCUUCGUUAUAAACAUAACCUCACACCAACAUGCUGCAAGGAUUUGCAAGAAGCUCUUAGCCAAGUAUCGAAAUUUCCAAAUGAAGCUUGUGAGACCUCCUCUCAUUGCAUUAUUGAAAAACAUGACAGAGACGUACUCACUCUUUAGUAACAACUGUCACGUGUCGGAGAGGAGAAUAAAGGGACAAAUAGAAGUAUACACCUUUGAGAGGAAGAAGGGGCUUGUGGUUGAUUUCCACGUGGACCACACGCACCCCUUCAACACCAAGUUGUGUGCGCGUAGCAAGCGGGGGGGCUCGGCGCAGCCCCAGCAUCGACCGAGUCAGCCGAGUCAACCCAGUCUUCAAGAACAGGAGGAACCGCUUCCGGAGAACUGCAAAGAUUGCACCCCCCGUGGCGACGCGCUGUGGCUGAGCAAGUGCGAACACGAACAUCACUUUGCCUGCUCGCAGAGGUGCCACCUGUGCGGCGCGAGCGCGGAGCAGUCCAGCAAGUCG